UUUGCAGUGCUCGGUUCUCGGGUCCCGUCCGGUUGCUUUGUGUGCUCUACUAUGUGCUGCUCUCUCUCCCUCGUCUACCGACCAUACUUGACACCCUGUACAACGUCGAGGGGCCAGCUAGCCAGCGCGCGACCAUGGAAGCAAACAAAGAGGUGUUGUCGUCGGCAACCAGGAAGUGUUUCCCUUAGUGACCGUCGGGCCAUGGAGCUGAGAUAACUCCGCCCCUUCUGCUGUGGUAACCAUGGGAACGUCCCGAUGCUUCCGUCUGGCGUUCCUGCUGGGGUCUGUGUUAAUGGUCCUGCUCAUCAUCCUCUAUUGGGACGACGUGGGAGCGCUCAAUCUCUACCCCCACGACCCUCAUGACCUUUACCCCCACGACCCUCACCCCCACCCCACCUCACCCAGCUCCUCCACACCCACCAAAACCCCACCCAGGGACACAGAGGAGCAAACGACCCACAGACCCCCCAGAACCACAGAGCCUGACCGGCCUGGAGAGGGGAGGAGGGCGACCCCCAAACCCCCAGGGGAGGAACACCCCCUCCCCCAAGUAGCAGACUCCUCAGAGCUGGAGGAGAUGUGGAGAGGAGAGGAAGGGAAGCGAGAAGAGGAGAGAGUGAGGCAGGCGGAGGAGAAAAGAGAGGAGGAGGGGAGGAGACAAGAGGAGAGGAGGAGGCGGAUCAGUGAUAUGUGUUACGGGAACGGAACAUUAGAAUUCCCAGGAAAAUUCCGGACGUUUGACCAGAUUCCCAACCGGGAGUUAAACCACCUGAUAGUAGACGACAGACAUGAGAUCAUCUACUGCUACGUUCCCAAGGUAGCAUGUACUAACUGGAAGCGUGUAAUGGUGGUUCUCUCUGAGGGUCUGCUGGCUCCGGAUGGACAACCUUACCGCGACCCCCAGGCCCUGCCCCCUGACCUCAUACACAACUCCUCCCUGCACCUCACCUUCUCCAAGUUCUGGCGUAGGUAUGGCCGUCUCUCCCGUCACCUGAUGAGGGUGAAACUGCAGAGUUACACCAAGUUCCUGUUUGUCCGCGACCCCUUCGUCCGACUCAUCUCCGCCUUCCGGAACAAGUUCCAACAGCCCAACGAAGACUUCUACCGCCAGUUUGGCUCCGUCAUGCUACGUCGUUAUGGAAAGGAAAACGGGACCUCCAGGGUUCCGGAGUCAGCGGCGGAGGCGUUCAAAGCGGGGAUCCAGCCGUCGUUCUCGGAGUUCGUCCGGUAUCUCCUCGACCCCCAGACGGAGCAGGAGCAGCCAUUCAACGAACACUGGCGCCAGGUGUACCGGCUCUGUCACCCCUGUCAGAUCCAGUAUGAUUUCAUCGGCACGCUGGAAAACCUGGAGGACGACUCGGAUCAGUUGCUCCGGAUCCUGGGCCUGGAAGACCAGAUAAAGUUCCCGUCUAGCAACCGGAACCGCACGGCGGCCAGCUGGGAACGGGAUUGGUUCGCUGAGGUUCCGGCCGAGUUGAGGAGGAAGCUGUACAGUUUGUAUGAGCCAGACUUUGAGCUGUUUGGGUAUACUAAACCAGAGAGUCUGCUCCAUCACUGACAGGCUGUUUGGGUAUCCUAAACCAGAGAGUCUGCUCCAUCACUGACAGGCUGUUUGGGUAUCCUAAACCAGAGAGUCUGCUCCAUCACUGACAGGCUGUUUGGGUAUCCUAAACCAGAGAGUCUGCUCCAUCACUGACAGGCUGUUUGGGUAUCCUAAACCAGAGAGUCUGCUCCAUCACUGACAGGCUGUUUGGGUAUCCUAAACCAGAGAGUCUGCUCCAUCACUGACAGGCUGUUUGGGUAUCCUAAACCAGAGAGUCUGCUCCAUCACUGACAGGCUGUUUGGGUAUCCUAAACCAGAGAGUCUGCUCCAUCACUUGAUGCCUUACACAUGUGGCUGAGAGCCGUGGAUUCGAACCCUGUAUACAUGCAAGCCUGCCGCAAGGCUGUGCUGUUAGCCCACUGAGCUAAAGCCUAGGCUAGCUCUCCACGAUCAGGAGAGAAGAACCAUUUAAGCGUUUUUUUUCAAAAGGGAAUAGUGCUGUAAAAAAAUGUUUUUAAAUAAAGUUUUUGGGGGAAAUAAAUUGCUUAGUCAUUUGUGUGUGUUUUAUCCCACUUUCACACAGAGAGUAGAGUUCAAUUGUAUAUCAUUAUUAUUUAUUUCUAAAGGUAGGUAAUAUUUUAAGAACAAAUUGUUAUUUACAAUGACGGCCUACCAAUUGUGUGCCGCCCUAUGGGACUCCCCAUCACGGCUGGAUGUGAUACAGCCUGGAUUCGAACCAGGUACUGCAGUGACACCUCUUGCACUUCGAUGCAGUGCCUUAGACCGCUGUGCCGCUCAGGAGCCAUGACAUGUGGCAGAUACACUGGACCAAAUGUUUAAUAAUGUAUCACUUUAUGUCUGCCUCACUCUUUAAAAUGAAUGGAUUUAUUAGGUAAAAUUGAAUAAAUGUUUUGACGAG